UUCUCUCUCUCUCUCUCUCUCUCUCUCUCUCUCUCCCAACGCGUCGUUGAAGAAUCGUUCGCUUCUGGUUUUUUCUUGAUUCGCGCUCCGAUUUUGGCCCAAGGUCGCUUUGAAAGUUGCAGGAGCUGAAGCAAAUGACCUUAUUAGCCUCCGGAUUCUGAAACGGAUCGCAUUUCAUCACUCUUUCAAGUUUCAACUCCAUUUUUUUGGGGGCUAGGGUUAAGUGACGGUGGCGGAAAAUCGAUGUUUGAUCAGCCAUGCCGAGCAUUAGAGCUCCGGCGGUGAAGAAAGCCACUACACUAACGGUUGCGGUGAAAUGCAGGCCGUUUAAGGAGAGGGAGCGCGGCCGUGAUAUUGUGAAAGUGAUUGACAAUAAGGAGGUGCUUGUGUUGGAUCCUGAUCUGUCGAAAGACUACUUGGAGAGGAUACAGAAUCGGACCAAGGAGAAGAAGUAUUGCUUUGACCAUGCAUUUGAUCCUCAGUGUACCAAUUUGGAUGUCUACACAAAAUGCAUAUCGGCCGUGAUCUCUGGGGUUGUUCAUGGUCUCAAUGCAACUGUGUUUGCAUAUGGUUCUACCGGAAGUGGUAAAACAUAUACUAUGGUGGGGACACAAAGUGAUCCUGGACUCAUGGUUCUCAGUUUGCAUACCAUUUUUGAUCUAAUAAAAAAGGACAAAAGCGCUGAUGAAUUUGAAGUUACAUGUUCCUAUCUUGAAGUCUAUAAUGAAGUUAUCUAUGAUUUGCUUGAAAAGUCAUCCGGCCAUUUAGAACUCAGAGAGGACCCAGAGCAAGGAAUCAUUGUUGCUGGCCUGAGGUGUAUAAAGGUUCAGUCAGCUGAUAAGAUCCUUGAACUCUUAAAUGUGGGGAAUAGCCGACGGAAAACUGAAAGCACGGAGGCUAAUGCAACAUCUUCGCGAUCACAUGCAGUGCUGGAAAUAAAAAUUAAAAGAAAACAAAAAAAUAAGUACCGGAAUCAAAUCAUGCGAGGCAAACUCGCUCUUGUGGAUCUUGCCGGCAGUGAACGAGCUUCUGAAACAAACAAUGGAGGCCAAAAGUUAAGGGAUGGAGCCAAUAUUAACCGUUCACUUCUUGCCUUAGCAAACUGCAUAAAUGCUCUGGGUAAACAGCAAAAGAAGGGUCUUGCUUAUGUUCCUUAUCGCAACAGCAAAUUGACACGAAUACUGAAAGACGGUCUCAGUGGUAAUUCUCAGACAGUCAUGGUUGCUACUGUAUCCCCUGUUGACAGUCAGUAUCAUCACACUGUGAAUACUUUGAAGUAUGCUGAUCGAGCAAAGGAGAUAAAGACACACAUCCAGAAAAACAUUGGCAGUGUGGAUACACAUGUAUCAGACUACCAACAAAUGAUUGACAGUCUUCAGAUUGAGGUUGGCCAUUUGAAAAAAGAACUGGCUGAAAAGGAAUCACAACUAAGUGUCAAACCUGUUGAGAAGGCUGCAGACGAUGAGCUUUCAUGGUUGAAUAUUUUGAGCCAUGAAACCAGUGAGAAUGUUCAGGAGAGAAUAAACCUACAGAAGGCAUCAUUCGAGCUCGAGGAAACCAACUGUCGUAACCGUACUGAACUACAACAGCUUGAUGAUGCUAUAGCAAAACAACAGGCGCUUGAAAAAGAUGGAGAAGUUGUAGAUGCAUUGAGAGCAAGGCGGCAAGUCAUUUUAGAUAACAUUCGUGACAAUGAUGAAGCUGGUGUUAACUACCAGAUGGAAAUAGAAGCAAACGAGAAGCAUAGAUGUCAACUCCAACAUAUGAUUGAGGAGGCCAUCAGUAACAAUGGCAACAAAACUUACUUGCGCAUUCUUAGCCAACACAGGCUAUUGGGAAUGGCUAAUGCUGAGCUUCAAUUUGAAAUGGCAAUGAGGGAUCAAGUCAUUAACAACCAACGGGAAACACUGAAAAACAUGUGGGUCUUGCUGAUGGGGUUAGGACUCGAUGAAAGACAGGUCUUGGAUCUUGCAGGUAAGCAGGGAAUCACAAUAGAAGAUGGGGCCACAACUCCCCGACUUGGCCUUUCUGCAAGGGAGCAGUCGCCAGAUUUAGGUUACAGCAGCAGACACACUCCUUUGGGUCCUUCUCCUGGCAUGGGGCAGUCAUAUUCUAGAUCAUCUUGUAUCUUUCAGCAAACUCAAGACUUUGGUUCGAGGUCAUCUCCCCAGGGACAUUCAGAUAUGGCUCAGUCUUUCUGCAGGGAGGAGCGCUCCUUCUACUUAAUGUCUCAUGACCAUUCCCCUUCAGCAUUUAUGAGGAUGAGGACAAGUAGUGAGCACUGGUUCGCUAGCAGGCCUAGUUCGUUGUUUGGUAAUCAUGACAAAAAUCCUCAAGACUUGCAAACACCCUAUCCAAUCAGUAGGUAACACAAGCUUUGCCUUGUAGUAAACUCUACCCACCAGCUCCACCCCUGCGUGAUUUUUGACAAUCAGAACAAGGAUGGAUUGAAUAGUACUUUGAGGCAACAUGUAUACUGGUUCACCCUUCAUGAUAUGAUACAUCCCAUUGAAACAAGGUCCUGAUUUGUGCAGCUCAAAGUAAUUGGGUUCCACAGUAUUGAAACCUCACACUUGCCCACUUGCCUCCAUUUACAGGGUGGAAUUGUUUUGGCUCCAUUAACCACUAGUUGUAUCAUGUUUUCACCCCCUCUCUUCGGCCAUUUUUUCUCUUCUUCCACUGUUGUACAUAUCUCUAGCAUUGUUGGGGUUUCUGGUGGUGAACUUGGUGGCUGAUUUUGUUUGGGUUUAGUGACUGCAUAGAGGCGAGUUUUAGGAUAGGAGGAAGAAGAGAAGAAACAGGGUACUUAGCACAUUAGACACUUCAACUUGCAGAAUGUAGAUCUAGCUCUUUGUACCUAAAUUACGGAAAUAAGAUCCAAGUAAACCUCAGGUAAAUGAAUGAAAAUCUGCAGUGCUAAGGAAAAGUUGUAGCAUAGAACACUUCCUUUUCUUUAUG